CCUGUUGUUGAGGUUGAAUUAUUUGGCCAUCGAAUGUGGCACAAGGAGAAGAAGAGGCGAAGGAACCCUUAAGAGCAGCUUCCGAUGAGAUCCAUGGAGCAUUCCGAAGAGGCGAAGGAACCCUUAAGAGUUAGAGCAGCUUCCGAUGAGAUCCAUGGAGCAAUCCGAAGAGCGGAGAAGCUUCCGAUGAGAUACAUGGAGCAAUUCUUAGACAGCAAGCAUUAGCUCCCCUUGCGACUUCAUAAAAAGCCUUUAGGUUGUUGGUUUCUCUUUCUAUACGCUAAUUCUUUAUUUCUAACAUUUUUGGAUUGACAGGAAACUUUCUUGGAGGAGCAGUUAGUCCAACUUCUUGAGCAGCCGAGCCAUUUCUUAUUUCAUCCAACAAGGGAUUGAAAAAGCGGGCUUAUAUAUAUAUAUAUAUUGAGGAGAUAAGCGUGAAUUCCACAUACUCUGUGCUUCAAUGGAUGGGGUUGAUGAGAACCACACAAUUCAUCAACACUCGUUGAUUCGUCAAAACAGAGAGAUUGAUGGAAGUAGAAGAUUAAAGGGAAGAGAAACAAAACCAACAGAUUGAGUGAUUGACACAACGGAUGGAGAGACUAAUGGAAUUUGAAGGAGAAAUGGGGGGGAAAGAUCUGCGAAAAAUUAAGCACCGGAUGCAUGAUCACCCGCUGGUUCUCAGAGAAUCACUCCAAGGCGGCGGCGGCGGCUGCUAUAACGGUGGAAGUGACGAAGUUUACUGCAAUGGAUGCGAGGAGCCAAUCUCUUCUUCAUCAUCAGGAGCAGGGGGAGGAGGAGGCGCUUUCUAUGCUUGCCCCAACUCCGAUUGCAGGUUUUUGCUUCACAAACGGAGUGCAGAAUUGUCCCCUGAAAUAAAGCAUCCCUCUCACCCGGAGCACGCCCUCACUUUGCCUCUCUCUCCGUUAUGGGGUAACACAUGCGAUGUCUAUCAUUCCACCAUCGACGGAUUACAUUACCGUUGUUCCGACUGCGACUUCGAUGUCCACGUACGCUGCGCUUCAAUGGCGCUCCAUAUCCAGGACAGGGUCGAUGAGAAUCUUUUGGGUAAUUUGGAGGGGAAAGAGCUGCUAAUAAUUAAACACCCAAGCCAUGAUCACCCACUGGGUCUCAAAGAAUCACUCCAAGGCAGCGGCGGCUAUGGUGGUGGAGGUGUCCAAGUUUACUGCGAUGGAUGCAGGGAACCAAUCUUCUCUUCUUCUUCUUCUUCUUCUUCUUCUUCUUCAUCAUCAUCAUCAUCAGGAGCAGGGGGAGGAGGAGGAGCUUUCUAUGCUUGCCCCAACUCCGAUUGCUGGUUUUUGCUGCACAAACGGUGUGCAGAAUUGCCCACUAAAAUCGAGCAUCCCUCUCACCCGGAGCACGCCCUCACUCUUUCUCCCUUUCUCUUAUAUGGUCGUGAAUGCGAUGUCUGUCAUUCAGAAAUCGACGGAUUCCUAUAUCGCUGUUCCAGCUGCCCCUUCGGUGUCCACGUACGCUGCGCUUCAAUGGCGGUCCGUAUCCAGGAUAGGGUGGAUGAGAACAACGAGAUUCACCAACACGCGUUGAUUCCCCUCGAGAAGAAGGCGCAGUUCCUGUGCGAUGCUUGUGGUAGUGAACAUAAAGGUAAAUCCUAUCUCUGUCCCACUUGUGGCUUCUGGGCCAAUCAGAUUUGUGCUUCUGCUCCAACCACCAUUAGCCUCCGCAGCCACCCUUACCCCCUCACUCUCUUCCGUUCUUCUCGCUACUCUAUACGGAACUGUAAAAUCUGCAAUAAGAGAAUGAACAUAGCGUAUUGGGGCUAUCGUUGCUCGGAGGAAUGCAAGUAUUUGGUCCAUCUGGGUUGCUUGUCGUUGGAGGAGGCUGAGAAUUCCAACAAGGAUAUCCAAACAAACCUUCGUUCAGAAUCAACGAGCCAUCAAAUUAAGAUACCCAAGGAUCCUAAGGAAGCGAUUAUUUCCAUCACUUGGCCAAUGCCGAAUGAAUCUACUGAAUUAAUAACCCAGUUGAUCAAGAAUCUCAGCUUACAAGGAACGCAUAAAAGAGCCACCAAUCUCCUCCGUUGCAGAGAAGGCCACCAGUUGAUUUUUGUCAACAAGAAAAUUGAUGAAUCGAAUGAUGACCAACUAUGUGACGGUUGUGCACAGACCAUCUCAUCUCAAUUCUACCAUUGCGCUCAAUGCAACUUUUCUCUUCACGAGUGGUGUAUUGCGUUACCUAAUAAACUACAACACAUAUCUCACCCAGAACACUCAAUGCAACUUUGUUCCCUGUUUGUCGUAACUGUCAAUUGCCCAGCAACGGGUUCGUCUUUGGCUGCUUCACUUGUGACUUCUACCUUGAUCUCAAAUGUGCUUCACUUCCGCGAUUAAUCAAACACCAAGCUCAUGACCACAGUCUUGCCUUGAAGAGGAUAAAAUACGCAGGUUUCUGCAAUGCAUGUGGAGCAGAUUGCUUUGCAUUCUCUACUUGUUUUCGAUGUGAAGCUUGCGAUUUUAGGUUGUUCUUCAAAUG